AUGAAACAAUUUUGCAGAAUUAAAUGGUAACAUAUAAUUGGUAGCAAUUGCGACGGCUUCCAUGAUGCUAGCAAUAGACCUAAUGGGAGGUUGCUAAGGGAGUACAAACGUUUCUUGUUACAACGUAGUAAAAGGAAUAGGGCAAUUAAUUAACAGCGAAAUCGUGCUUAGUUAAUAAACCCUUUUAAAUGGUGAUAAUUAGUUAGUUAAUUACCCAUUUAUUCUCCAUAAGAAAAUCUGUGCAGCUAUGGAAGCCAAUACUACUGCCGACAAAAUCUCAGAGCCAAAUGCUUCGUCCCUGCGAUGGGGAAUCCUUCGUCGAGCCCUCCUGCGCAGACAUUCAUCUUCACCAGAUGAGCAAUCAGAACUGGAUCAAAACCGGGUAUCCAGAAAGGCGAGUCGCGGGUUCAAUUUGAUUGCUUACCAUGUUAUAGAUGACCCAUCCGAAGAAAAGUCGGAUACUUCAACCUCAAAAAAUCAAUUCGGCAGCUCAAGAGUUGCUUGCUUUUCUUAUAAAUUGCCUAUUCAUCAUAAUUCUCUCAACAUUCUUCUAUAUCAGAGAGUGGAUGCUGAUGGUGCUAAUCUAAAUGAUUUUGAAGUGUGUAAUAGACACAAUAUUGACAACACAGGACUUGUUUGUCAGUGGCCAUCAGAAGAUGUCCUUGCUUACUAUUGCUUGUCAAAUGCUGAUAAGUUCAGGUGUAAGAAAGUAAUAGAACUGGGAUCAGGUUAUGGCUUAGCUGGCUUAGUUAUUGCUGCGGUGACACAAGCGACAGAAGUCAUCAUAUCAGAUGGAAACCCUCAAGUUUUCAAUUAUAUCCAGCGUAGUAUUGAUGCCAAUUCCGGUGCAUUUGGUGAUUCAAUCGUGAAACCAAUGGUGCUGCACUGGAAUCAUGACAAGCUGGAAGACUUUUCCAACAGCUUUGACAUUAUUGUGGCGAGUGACUGCACUUUUUUCAGAGAAUUCCACAAAGAUCUUGCUCGAACUAUCAGAACCUUGUUAAGAAAAGAGAAGCCUUCUGAAGCCAUACUUUUCAGCCCCAGAAGAGGUGAUUCGCUGGACAAGUUUCUACUGGAAAUAGAGGAUAGUGGCUUGCAUUAUAACAUUAUUGAGAUGUAUGAUUCAGAAGUUUGGAGGCGUCAUCAGAAAUUUGUGGAAGGUGAUGACUCCUGGCCCAACUAUGAGAAGGAUCAUUGCUAUCCUCUUUUGGUCAAUAUAACUCAGUGAAACUUGUGGGUCAUUUUCACCAUUGGCUGAGAGCUCUUUAUGUAGUUAUUGUACCCAAGGAGCUGUAUGCACUUGAAGCUAAUCUAUCAAACUUUUUUUGAAACCAUAGUCAUCAGGUUGACCCACAUGAUUGGUUGUGUUCUUGGCUGCUCUUGCUUUUGUAUGCAACGCAUUAUUUUCUGUGCUUAAGAAAGUUUUCUUCAAGACCUUACGGAUU